UUAACUUGUGUAUAGGAUUAGCGUAUGGUUAUAAAUAGACGUCUUCUUGUGAAACCAAACACAUGGUUUUUUUUAAUACGCAAUGUUACGAUUAGGCUAGAAAUGAAAUAGAUUUGUUCAUAUUGUGUCUUUGUUCGUUAUAGUCAGAUUGUGUAUCAUCUCUAAGGUCAUAUCAAUACGAAGAACAAAAUGGAGACACCGUUACGUCUGUUGUUGUUAUCGUUACUGUUAGUUCUUGUGUGUUCUACGUCUAACGUUGUGUCGGAAUCGACGGACGAACUGGUCGCUCGACUGCUGGCAAAAGUUGAAGACUCACAAGUGACAAAAGCCAAGAAGUUUUUCCCUGUUUUAGAAUGGCAAGAAGACUUGGGAGUUUACAAAAGCGAAGUGAAACUGUAUUUUCAUGGACCGGAAGAUUUAGCUUUGAUUCGUGACAAGUUUCAUGUAUUUGACAAUAACAUGUUCGUAACUUCGUGGGUAUCGUCGUGCUUGCUCGAAGCCUAUCGUUACGGCGGUGCCCCGAAACCGUCGCCAACACAUCUAAAACUAGCUUUAGACUCCAUUAACGGAUAUCGAAAUAAGGAUAGAAAGUUUGAAAAUUCUAUUAUGUCUUUUUGGCCACAGGCUUACAACUCGACGAGUAAUACAUACAUCAGUACACCAGUAAACCUGCUCAAACUCAUAGACCUGACGAACGAUGUUCCGUUCGGGGUCAUCGAGAAUAUUUUGAAAUUUUUAGGGUUCGGCGAUAUCAGUUCAAUAAUCAAGACACUUUUAUCUAUGAAGGAUACCUUCAGAACGGCCUUCCACAUUCCACCAGAUUUUGACGAUACAUUCGUUAACCUCGGUCUAGGAUCGCUGUUAACGAGUCUAAAGACACAAUUUCCAGAACAGCACUCUAGCUGGAUGACAUCCAACACCAACCUGACCUCAGUGUUCGAUGCAUUGAAGAAAUAUGCCUACAGGCCCUUCUCCAAAGACUCAAAUGUGAACACUAUAGAUCCCAGGACUUACUUUUAUUUGAGAAAAUUCAUGGAGAAAAGUUCCUCUGAUGGAUGGGAUUUGGCAUUGACACCAACAUGGAUCCAAGAUAUUGAAGAGACCACUAAACUACGAAAAAAAGGUAUAUCCAUGCCGUUUAACAUCAACAACGUAGACGUAACCGUAUCAGCUAACGUCAUCUACGGCAUAACGUCUUCAGUCUUAUCUGGAGUUGUGUCCCCUUCUAUCCUCAACGAUACGGGAAUUCAACAAAUCUUACUCAAUACCACCAAUAUGAUAGCUCACGAAUGUCAAAAUGAUUUAAGCGACAGGCGAGAUUUAGCCUUAACUUAUUAUCCUUCUGUCCUGGAAUUCUACUGGUUUGUCGCCAGAACCGUCUUUAUUCUCAAUGAAAAUGCUAAACAUAAUCAGCUACCCCAUGAGGCCCUGUACAAAGUACUUCAUAAACUGGAGCCUGUUUUAGAAAAACACGUCACAUCUGUCAUAUUAAAAGGCGCGAAAUCUGACGGCGCUGAUAGACUAUAUUUAGAAGAUUUUCUAGGAAACGGUGACUUUGAUAAAAACAACCAUACCUUGAUUAAAGGCGAAGACAGAAUAUUUACUACUUCAAUGGGCGUGAACGCUCUGAUAGCUACCUGGUCUAUUUUUGAUGGUAAAACAUCCAAAUUAUACUGGAAAAGUGAUACACCUACCGAUGUAAAAUCGUCAGUAACUAAAUUUAUCGAUUGGUUAAAAAAAUAUACAUUAAGUGGAGAUUUUAAACCUUAUAAUACCUUCUUCUCCGGGUCAGCUAAAGGAGAAGGGACGCUGCCGUUCUACUACCCAAUCAAUAGAUUGGAAUACCUGAACGGGACCAAUAUUCCCGAUGAGACCCAUUUUCCCACUGGUGGACCCUUCACCCUUGGGGUACAGGGAACCAUCCCCAAAGCUCAAUAUGACAAGAUGCUCACAGAAAAACAUUUUGGGGUACCCACUCCGACCACGUUUAAAGGUUUCAACAGCGGCAGUACGCAGGACUUUUUCCCGUUUUGGUCGUCCGAGCCCUAUACCUACGCAACCACUAUGUUGGCCCUUGCUCAAUCUAAUAAUUUUGCAAAUUAAGCCUUUAUUAAUAUGCUGUCUCAAUAUGUGCCUUCAAAUUUUUAAAUGAAAAAUACCCCACCCCACCCCACCCAAAAUGUGAUAAUCAAGAAUUGUAAAGCAAUAUAUGAUCCCCCACGACGUCUCAGGAACCCCCUCCUCCGCUCAUUGCACAAAAUCACUGUUCUUUUGAUUGGGUUGUUGUGUAAAUAGACACACCUUCUCACGACCUAACAAACUACAUCUUCACAAUGUCAAGCUAUUAUGAACUGUGUCUAAUACCUUGACUUCAUUGAGCUCUUUUUCUCAUUUAAUGAGGUUGUCUGCCAGCGAAUAUAGCCAAUCAGAGCCCCCGACAGAAAGGUUACAAACAUUAUGGCCCAUCGUUUAUAGCCUGUCUGUCGAGGGCUCUGGUUGGCUGUAUUCUCUAGCACACAAUCCAAUUAAAUAGCUCCAUUUACAAAUCUCCAUGAUACAAGAGAGGUGGUUAUUGCAGUCAAGGUAUUAGACGCCAUUCAUUAGAGCUUGACAUUCUGAAGAUGAACAAACAACGACCAAUCUCUCCACGGAUCAUCGACAAAAAUUUGUAAAUGAAUCAACAUUCUAUCCGAUUUUAUCUGUUUAUUGUUUUGUUGUUGUUUUAAAUAAACUAUGUUGUUAUUU